AUGUUCUCUGUAGCUCUGCUGCUGCUGCUGCUGGCUGCUGGAUCCUGUGUGAAGUGUGAACAGUUGACACAGUCAGCCUCAGUGACUGUGCAGCCAGGUCAACGUCUGUCCAUCACCUGUCAGGUCUCUUAUUCUGUUAGCAGCUCCGCUACAGCUUGGAUCAGACAGCCUGCAGGGAAAGGACUGGAGUGGAUUGGAUGGAGAGCUGGAUCCACAUCAUUCUACAAAGAUUCACUGAAGAACAAGUUCAGUAUUGACUCAGACUCUUCCAGCAACACAGUGACUCUAAAUGGACAGAAUAUGCAGCCUGAAGACAUUGCUGUGUAUUACUGUGCAAGACAACCACAUUCAAUCCAGUUUUUCCUCCCUAUGAUGGACUAUAGGACAGGACUGCUGCUUCUAACUAUCUGCUGGACAGGUGUUGAUGGUCAGACUCUGACAGAAUCUGAAUCAGUGGUUAAAAAACCUGGAGAAUCCCACAAACUGACCUGUACAACCUCUGGAUUCACACUCAGCAGCUAUUGGAUGGCGUGGAUCAGACAGGCUCCUGGAAAAGGACUGGAGUGGAUUUCUACGGUCAGAAAUGAUGGUGGAAGCAGUUACUACUCUCAGUCAGUUCAAGGCCGGUUCACCAUCUCCAGAGACGACAGCAGACAGCAGCUGUAUCUGCAGAUGAACAGUCUGAAGACUGAAGAUUCUGCUGUUUAUUAUUGUGCUCGAGACUCACAGUGA